AUGAGACUAUUGGCUAUACACGAGGGACCAAUUGACGUGAAGAAUCUUGCCAGUCAUAAACUGCACAGUGUGGAGGAACUGAAAGAACACCCAGAGAUAAUAUCAAAGGCUUUUGAACUGUGUGAAAUUCACCCAGAAGAAAAGAUCGAAACUUACUGUUAUUCACAUGACGAACCGUGCUGUGUACGAUGUGAGGUACAUAAGCACCGACACUGCGAUGACGUAAUUCCAAUCGAAAAAUGGGUCAGAGAAACCCAGAAUGCACAAGAACCUUCUGAACUUCUCCAAGAACUUGAUAGAAGAUCAGAGGAGGAAAAAUCGAAACAGCUUGAUGUGGUUAAAUGCAUAGCGUUGAACGACGAGAUUACUAAAAUACGAGCCAAAAUUGACAAGCAUCUGAAUAAGAUAGAAAAACAAUUGCGAGACGAGAUUUCAAUGUUUAUGGAAACAACUGAGAACGAAAAACACAAAGAAAACUCCCCUAUUCGUUUUUGUAAGAUGUAUUUACAAAAACUGAUUAAAAGCGGUACAUCAGUACAACUACUGACAAGUAUGAAGCGAAUUCGUAUAUUGUUAGCCAAAACAGAAAAAGGAAACGACAAGGAGCCAGAGAUCAUUUACAUUAAAUUUGAUGAACAUUUGCAAGGUAUUCCAAAGGAAAUCCGGUCAUUUGGUCAUCUCGUCUCUGAUAAAAAGAAGCUAAGAAAUGGCAGUGAAAUCUCUUUAAAUAUACCGGUGACAAAUAAUGACGAAAAAAGACCACCAAUGCCAACUGGUGCAAAUAGUGAAAUGAGUGUACACGAACGUAUUUCUCCUGUAGUGUCACCAAAGCCUGCAAGACGAAAGGAACCGAACGAUAAACCAAAAGCAAAGCACCGAAAGAAUAAAACUGGCGAGGAAUCUCCAAGGUCGGAUAGAAAAAGCGUCAGGCGCGAAAAAAAGAAAGGCCCUCCUCCUCCCCGAAGAGGACAGUCUGUUAAAGCAAUUGAUAAUAUUGCAGAAAUUGAGAGAAAACUGAAACUCUUUGUCGAUAAACAUAUUACAAGUGUGGACUUUGAGAAAAAAAAACGUGAACACAUCUAUAGCUAUGCAGAUGACGACGAGGUAUUUGGGGAAGACGAACAGUAUGCAAAGGUUAACAAAAACGGCGAACAAAACAGAGCUGAAGAUACAAACAAAAACAACAAAUCACAGCAACAACAAUCGAAUGAUUCAAAUGGUGUUAUCAAAACGAGACAUAAAAGAACGGAAACAGUAAAGAAAAAGACUGACCCUUUGGACCCAGAAAAGGAAAAACUAAAUGCACUAAUAUCGAGCUAUCUGCGCAAGAAGGAGCCUGCUAGUAACUCCCUAUCCAACACCAAAAGUUUCUACUUUUCAACGCCAGAUAUUCCCUCAAUAAUUAAAGAAGAUGACAAUUCAAGUAUAAACAAACCGAACCAUUCUGAAGGACGUGGGUCACGAACACGAAGGAAAAGUCUUCAGGCUGCAAUGAACGAUGAAGUAUCGGAGGACCCUGACUAUGAUCAGAUAGACUAUGACAGUCCCUUUCUUGAUCCCACGUAUAUACCAAUGAAUUCUCCUGCAAAGCAAAACAAGGGUAUAACUACAAAGAAGGAAUUUGCCUUUGUAGACAGAACAAAAACUUCAGAUAGCACUGUGAACGACAGUGAUGUAUCGAGUUUAAAUGUUCAAAGCAUUGAAUUUGAGGUUUAUAGACCCGAAUCACAAUUGAAAGCAAAUGAGACUAAUGCCGGCAAAAAGAAAGAGAUGGAGAAAAAUAAAAACGCAAAUAAAAAGAAUUUUUUUGAUAAAGCAAAAGAAAAGUUAAGGUUUCAUAAAAAGAACGGAAAGUUUGACGUCGAACAGUCAACGAAAGACAAAAUCUUUAAAAAUGACCCAAUGAACGACCCAGUAUAUGCGGGGACGGUCAGAAAAGCGGCACAUGAGAUAACGCCCAAAAGGAGAAAAUCAAGUCCAUACGAGCAAAAUUUCGAAAUUAUAUAUCAGGGAUACAAAGAAACAUUAAAAGAUAAAGAAGAAAAUCCAUAUGAAACAAGUUUUCAAUUGAUGAGUAAAGAAAAGCAAAAAGAGCAAAAUGAAAUUAAAGAAAAAUCUGGAAUCGAGAAAGAAAGAAACAACGAUAACAAUACAAAUAACGAGCCUGAGGAGAUCCAAGUGAAGUAUUUUGAAAUACUGGACGAACAGACAAUACCAUUGACCCCAGAAACAGAAGGAAAUCUAGACAGUGAUGAAAAACAAGCACUUAAGGCUGCAAGUGGGGGGAAACGCCAAGUUCAAAUGAUAGGAGUAAAACUACCACAAGUGCCAAGUAGAGAAGGAAAGCGACUACCAGUGACUCCUCCUGGAGAAAAUCAAACGUUAGUGAUUCCAUCGGGAGAAAUACAAAAACCAGAGCCUCCUCCUGUAGGAGAAAAACGACCACCAAUACCAAAAGGUAUGAUGCCUGGUAUGUCGGUCGCAUUUUUAGGUGAACUACAGAAUCGUCUGAAAACAAACCAAACGGCUCCCGACAAGGACAACAUUGGUUUGAAAAACACAGAUGAAUAUACCGAUAACCAUGGAAAUAAAUUAAACAUAGAAGGAAUUCAGACAAAACGGAGUCCAUCAGCUAGUCCAAAACCGCGAAAGAGACCAAUUGGUGGACUGAAAGUCGAAGAUACAGAAAAUACAAAGAAGGAAACGGAACAGUCUAAGAGCGAAAAGAAGAUGGUUCCAUACGAGGCAAGGUCAAGAAACGACUUUAAUGUUCAAAGUGGAGACACCUUUAUAUCUGGGGGAGUGUUCAAUAGCAAAGGUAAAGUUCUCUUGAUAGACAGAAAUGAACAGAAACUAUACAUUUUUACAUGUGCCGCGGAAUGUCAAGAUGUGCUCGACUUCAAAGAAAAACCUUUCGAUAUUACUGCUGUUAAUGAGAAUGUUGUGGCCGUCACUUUUCCAGAUGCAAAAUCCGUUGAUCUAGUGGACAUGAUAGAAAUGAAGACAAUUAAAUCUCUCCCCGUUAACGAAUGUUGCUUUGGAAUCACAUACCAAAUCAAAGAUUUAAUCAUCCGCUGCAGUGAAAGCAUCAUAAUAAUGAACUUGAAUGGCAUAGUCAUGCGUACUAUACGUGUUCAGACCGAUUUCGAAGGGUACCUGACCUGUCAUGAAGACAGAAUUUACUACACACACAAGUCUUCCUUAAUUUGCAUUGAUAAAACAGGGAACCAGAUUUUCACUUUUGAAGACCCGGCACUAGAACGAGCAGAGGGUUUAGCAACUGAUUUUGAAGGAAAUAUUUAUGUAGCUGGCAUUGAUUCAAACAAUAUCUGGCAGAUUUCUGGAACGGACGGUAAACAAAGCCGGAAGAUAAUAAAUGUGCUUAUCUCACCGAAAGCUGUAGCAUUUAAUGAGACUUUGAACCGAUUUUUGGUUGCUUACGAUAAGACAAAUGUUAUAAUUUAUGACUUGCAUUCAUCAUUUGGGUCUUUAGUUUAAUAGACAUGUACGCAAUUUAAUAUUUUUGGAUCCAUUUAUUAGUCACCUUAAUAUCUAGUAAUUAUAAAGUUGACGACGAUAAUAUUUUUAUUUUUAUUUUCAAUUUACGCAAGAUUAUAAUGGUCGCACAUAGCAUGACUGUUUAGCUUCUUGUUUCAAAUGUGAUUAUUAAACCCCGUUAUCAAGUCUAUUUAUUUUCUCCAAACAAGCAAGACAACAAUUGUCUUUUUUUCAUGCCUAUUUCAUUAAUUCCAGUGGUAUACCAGGCUUCCAUUCCAAAACAUGCCACAAGCCUUACGUGUAUUCAUUCCGGUUGAUUUGUUUAAGUCACGGAUGUUUCUAAGCAUCUAUGAAACAAAAUUUAUUAACUCUU